GUAUUCGGAGCUACGCCGCCCCGAACCUAAGUUUUACUGUGUCUGUACACCCCUCUGUCCACAUGGGUUUCGACUUUCUACGCGAAGUAACUUCGAUAUAAAUAAAUACAAUGUCAGCUAUGUGUUCCCAUGAGAACAUUACAUGGGAAAUCACGGACAAUUAUGUUACGGACAGAAUGAUUGAGAACUCCCUGAUACACAAAUUUAGACCACGGAAAAUACAAAAGAGGACAAAAGUACUCAAUGCUGCAAUGCAAAAGCAUUGUGGUGUGGCAGAUUACAAGCACUAUGUAGAACUGAAAAGUAAUGUCAUACGAAACGUAGUAAAUAAUAUUGAUACUAGUGAUAGUAGCAGUCUCAGUGAUAUCGACUAUGAUAUUAUAUAUAAUUCUCCAUUGAAACGGGCCAAAUAUGCAGUCAAAACUAUUCAGAAUUAUGUUUUGGUCAGUGAGGAUAACUGCAAAGGCUAUGAAAGAAAAACUGUUACACAUAAGAAGAAAAGUAGAGACAAAAACACAGAAAGAAGAAUAGAAGUAAGAAAAUCACCGCGAUUAGAUACUGCAGUGUCUGCGGAAUGUAUUAAUACAGAUUGGCAAAAUGUGAUAAAUAAAAACAAUAGUGUAUUAUGUAAACAAUUGCAUACAAAUAUCUUAAAUAAAAGAAAUAUUUUGAAGGAUAAUGAUCAUAUUCGUUUGAGAGCUCAAUCUAGCAAGCAAUCUCUUUCUCCACAAUUUGACUCUCAAAAUGGUUCGACAUCUAGUAUAAUGAAAUCUAGAAAUAAAUGCAUAAGACAGAAUCAUGAAGACUUUGACGCAAUAGAUAAUGAAUUGAGUUCCGAAAAUAAUACGAUAUCCAAUACAACAAAACCUGUAAGUGACAGAAAGGUACAAAAUAAAAAUAAUCAUAAUACAACAAUAAAUGUAUCAAAUAUUGAAUUCAAUUCUCAUGAUUUACAUUAUCAACCGGCAAGUUUAGAAAAAAGUACUAAUUCUGAUAAUGAACUAAAUCAAAUUGUUGAAUCAACAAAUAACAUUAACAGAUCAACUGCAGUAAUAGAAAGUUUGAAAAAUUGUGACAGUGCUCAUAUGAUUCACAAACAAGAAUUUAUAAGAGGUGAACUGAGUUAUGAUCAGUUACUUCCAGAUAUUGCAAAUUUUGAUCAACACCACAGUACACCAUUUAAAAAAAUACGAACAAAUGUACCUAAUAAAAAUUUGCCAUCAGAUGCUAUGCAGGAUCAACAAAAAGACUCUGGAAUUGAUGAAGAUUCGGAAGAUAAGUUGGUCAAGAGCAGAAAUUGUAAUAAGAUUCCAAUGAGUCGGAAUAUAGAAAAAGCCACGGAGGAAACUCUUAUUUCGUCUCCUCAACUGAAAAAUAUUAAGGAAGUACUCGAAACAAUGAAAGAUAGUGAAUUCAUUGAAACAUUAACGCCAUUGGAAACUGAUAAUGAAGAGGAAAACAUGAAUGAUAUGUCACCUCAAACUAAAAAGCGACUUCAGCAGCAAGCAAGAUUGAAUUUAGUAGUAAACAGCAAUUCCAGUGAAAGUGAUGACGAUUUAAUUAAUUUAAUCACCAAAACUUCGCCAACACAUAUUUAUAGUUCAAAUUCGAGCCAUUGUAGUGAAAACAACAGCUUGAAGAAACCAACCAAGCAGAUUGACGAAACCAACUGCGCUUCUAAACAAAACAAAACACAUGACAUUUUAUGUAAGGAAAAUAUUUGCAUUCACAAAGAGAUUACGUCAGUUACUAUAGAAGAAGUAAAAUUAGAUUCAAUGAAUAUGAAAGAAGACAUCAAAAAUACAGAAUCAAGUUAUACAUAUGAGAAUAAUGAUUCAUUGCAAUCUACAACAAAUAAAAAUCCAUUUCAGAAAACGCCAAAUUGUGAAAAUGUACAUAAUGAUAACCGAAGUCAAGAAAAGUCAAUUGAAAGCCUUCAUUUAAAAACCUCUAAUAAUAACGAUUCGUAUAAUAUUAAAUCUAUUAAUGCAUUUCAAAAACACAAACAAUCUAUGUUAGAUAAAGAAAUCAUGUGUACUAAAAGUAAUCAGGAUGAAGAAGCAAUAAACACUGAACUUAAGACAAAACAUGAAUCUGAACACAAGGAAAGUACCCGAGCAUCAAUCAAAUGUUCAAACACAAAUCUUAAUAGCUCUUACCAAUAUAAACCAUGCAAUUUACAACAACUAGUCCAAGAUGAAGGAUUAUUUGUGGAAACAAUACCAGCAAAUUUUACAUUAGCCGAUCUUUCUGAAUACGAAGAAGCUUUUAUCUUAAAUGUUCCAAACAAGGUAUUGCAAAGCAAUUUGCAAGAUCAAGUAUUGACAUUGAAAGAAAAAUCAAUAAAAUUUAAUAAAAGUAAAUACAGAAUUGUAUGCAAAGAAAUAGGUACCACAUCUUGUAUUUUUGCUACUGGUAAAAAACAGAAGCCUUAUAAAAUCAUAAAUAUUAAAAACAUCAGUACUAUUACUAUACGAGAAAAAUUGUCACAAGAUUCAAGAAAUUCGGAUGUAUUGAAAUCUAAUAGUACUGUUUCUUCUGUGCCAAAAGCACUGAACAAAAACCAAACAGAUUUAAAGAGAAAUUCAAAAUUGUUGAAAAUUUCCAAUAAGAAGCACAAAAGAAAAAAAAGUUCAGAAUGUCUCAAAGUUCGUGACUCAAAAUACGAUAGCAAAGAAAUUUUUUAA